UACGUGAGAGCGACGGACAUUCAAAUGCAGGGCAGCUUCAGGAUACAGUUGAUAAAUAUGGGUACUCGUGCCGCUGCAUAGGAUCAUAAGGCCCUGUUUCCGACCGGCCUCAUUCUUAGUGAAAGCUUUUUUUGUGUGUAAUGCAGUCCAUGCAGUUCGAUAUGCAGCUUCUCAUGGAGCCGCUGAACCAGAAAGUCACGGCGAAGAUCCGGAGUCUGUACGACUUCCAGCUGCGGCUAAUGCACAACAUCCCGCCCCUGCCCUCCGGCAUCGACAUCGCCAAUACCGUCAAGUACUUCUCUCAGACGUUACUUAGCGUUCUUAAAGAUGUCCCACGCUCGCCUCUCGAAAUGAUCCGCGAUGCGGACAGCGAUGCCGAGCGCAUGGCUCUCUACCCCAACUUGGACUACAAGGGACUGUUCAAUGCCAUCUCACAACUAGUCGACUCCGCCCCACACAUACAGUAUGGCAUACAGGCGUUUGGGCAAGCGGUACUGCAAUGCCUUGGCUGCCUGCUGCCGUUCCUGGAAUACGACAUGAUCGACAACCUACCCUACAUGGUGGCGUACUGCGUGGCCGUGUUCCCCGCCUGCCUGCAUCAGGAGAUACUGCAUCUGUUGUGCUAUUACAUACUGCCAUUCACUAUCACGCGAAGAUAUUCCGGUAUGGAGGAGGAGAGCCAGGCGUCUCAGUCAGUCGGCGCAAUCAUUAUGAUGGUGUUCCAGCACUCCAAUAAUCCAGCGCACCACUGCCAGCUGCUGGAGUGCCUGAUGUCGAUGAAGCAGCAGACGGUGCGCGACGUGCUAUGCGUGGUGGCGCACGGCACGUGGGGCGCUCGUCUAUCUGCCGCCAAGCUGCUCUUCUACUACUGGCCGCCCUUCGACGCCAAUCUCUUCGACCGCAAGGGCCUGCUCUGCAAGUUUUCUAACGAUCUGGUGCCGUUCUUGUGUCAACGCGACAUGUGCCCCAACGCGGGCAGCGCGGAGGCAGCCAAGGUGUGCUACGACCACUGCAUCAGCGUCACCUUCGCCUCUGACACGCCGCCGCCGCUCUACCUCUGCAUUGAAUGCGCUAACGAAAUACACAGAGAACACCCUAACCAACGAUUCUUUGACAUCCUUCAUCCUCAGCAACAGGUGUCUAUGGUCUGCGAGAAUAAGAACUGCCGGUCAACGGACAAGUCUGCGUACUCCAUCUGCUUCUCCAACGAGUGUGCCAGUUACAAUGGGAACCAUCCCAUCAGAUACUGCCAGCAAUGCCACGGCAAUCGACACAACAGCCGGCGCGGCGGCGACCACGUGACACACGCGCGUCUGCCGCCCGCCUGGCACAUGGACUCCGACAUGCAGACCAACCUCGUGGAGGCCAUCAUCAGCCUGCUUAAGGAAGCGAAGCCGAUCAACAUGGAGGACCCCGACAGUGGCAGCGAGCAGCUGGGGCCGCCGCUGUGCGUGCAGCUACCGGAUCCUAUCUCCGUAGAAGACCGACAGCUGCUAGGCAGAUAUGGUGUGUGGCUGAUGGUGGGGCUGUGCACGCCCAACCCAGAUACGCCGGAGGAGAUCCUCGGCAGGCUGCUGUCCGUACUGUUCCACUGGUUCCACGUCACCUCCUUCUCUUAUACCGGUGAGAUAGCGAACACGGUAGAGAAGUUGAAACUGGAGCACGUGUGCGGGUGGGUGCGCUUGGUGGCGGAGAGCCACGCGCGAGUGUUGCUGCACUGCCUGCUUCCGCACCCGCCGCCGCACGCGCGCCACGCCGGGCAUUGGGACACGCUCGCCUCCAAGACGCAGCACCUCAAGGAGGGGCUCAACAGAUUAUAUUGCUUGAUUCCAUAUGGCAUCAUCACCCAGUCCAUCUGGGAUUCCAUAAUGCCAGCUUGGAUGGAAGCUAUCUGUACAGACGUACCGGAAAAAGAGCUGAUGGAACUAAAGGUUCCCGUGGGAAAGAUCCUGGAGGCGGAUGGCGGCAUGGGGUGUUUGGAGGAACGCAACCUGUACAGCUUUGCGUCGCAGCGCGUGGGCUCGCAGCCGCGACCAGAGGCCGUGCUGCCGGUCCUCGACUGGUUCCAGACCAUAUCACUCCUGGAUGUGAAAAUACCAUUGUCCCAGUUGUUUGAUCUGUUCAGCCAUUGUGUCAUCAACAUGCCUGAAAACUUGGUCAAAGCUCCUUCAGAGAGCGUGAAGUCAAAAGAUACAGAGACGAACGGCUCGUCCGAAGGUACGGACAAGGAGAAGGAGAAAGACAAGGACAAAGAGGAGGAGAUCAAGCCUCAGAACUUGACGUGCUGCAUCCUAAUGCUAGACAUAUUACUGAAGCAGCUGGAGCUGCAGCAGAGCCGUAUCAACAUCCAGAACGUGAGCAGCGAAGCCACGCGCCUUCUGCGUCUCAUGCUCAAAGCAAACCAGGCCAACACCAUAGAGCAUGCCCAGUGCCUGGCGGGCGGCGCGUGCUCCUACUGCUCGGCGGCGGCGCUCUGCCAGCAGCUGGGCGUGCGACUCGUGCGCGCUCUCGUGCCACACACGACCAGGCACAAUGAGCCAUCGAUAGAGGAGACUUGGUGUGAGACUCAAAUGAAGAAGAACCAGUCUGAAGAGGAGAGGAGCAAGUCCGGAGGCACGCCCGCCGCGUCUGUGGAUGGGUUGAUGUCUAUAGCCGGUGCUCACGCGCACGCGCACGCGCACGUGCUCGGCGACAAGAGCUCAGUGGGCGGAGUCCUAGUCCACAUGCCGCAUUUUGUUCAUUUCAUGCAACUGUCUCUCAUAAGCGACGUCGGUUCGGACGGCACUCUCACUAAGUCGUCAGGUGAAUCGCAAAUAAUGACGGCAACAGUGGAGACGAUAACUGAACAAUUGGAUAUGGCGGCCAGUCUCCCGCCCGCCGAGCGCCCGCCGCUCGCCACCGCCCACACCGUUACCCUCACCGACACAGAUGUUGCCACCGCCACCGCUGACAUAUCUACUCCCAAUUUGCUCGGCGAUCACGAGGCGACAGGCGAGUCGGUGGAGGAGGACAUGACCAACUUCUGGCCCACUUCCGCCGGCAAGUUCCACUUCUGUAUCGACGAGUUGCCACAGGAAUUACAGUACAUACACCAGCUGCUGCAGGAACUAAAAAACACAUCGCGGCCGGACAUCCUUUAUCACCUACUGCAGUGCCUGCAGGUGCUGGUCCUCAACACUGACGCGCUGGCCGAGCACCGGGGCUUUCUGAUAUGGUGCCAGGAGAACCUGCUCAUUGACAACCUGUGGAAUGUAUGCGACGCGUCUCAGUCACAUAUCAGCUCGGUGGCGGUGCCCAUCUUGCUGCACUGCGUGACGCUGGCGGGCGGCGCCGACGUGCUCUGCGCGCUCGUGCGGGACAGCUUCCACCAGCCGGACCCCAAGAAACGGUUCACUGCUGUCGAGAGGGUCAUACUCAUCAUUAGGUUCAUGGACGGGUCGCCGGUACGCAGCAGCCUGCCUCUGCAGACUGCGCUGGCGACCGCCUUCUGCUACCUCAUCACCAGCAUGGACGACAUCUGCGUGUACGUCGCCCAGCGCGCCACACUCUACAUCGGCACCAUACACGACAGCGCCAUCGAGUUGCUGCUGUACUGUCUGGAGACACAGUUCGACCUCGUGAUAGUGGACCGGCCGACGGUGCUGCAGGCGGUGUACCAGCUGCACAACACGCUCAGCGACCGUCGCAUCCUCACCUGGGACUUCUUCCUUAACCGCUUCGAGACGCUGCUGCUCGAGGCCCAGAUCAAUUCCAACAAGACUCUUGAUUUUGCCAACUUACGAGAGGUGGUGGGGGGCGACACGUCAUCGGAGUGGCUGGUGCACAAGGUGCGGCGCGCGCACGAGGCGCUGAGCGUGUCUGCGCGCGCGGCGCACGUGCACACGCUGAGCGGCUCGCUGUCCGCCAAGUGGCCCUACAAGCGCACCGUGUCCGCGCCCGCCGCCGUGCCGCCGCCGCCGCACGACGUCCGCCUCGAGCGCGAGAAAGUGUACUCGCGCCAGUACUCGGCGCCGCUGCUAAAACGUAAAACCUCGCGGUUCGGCCUCGGGCAGCUGCUGGCGCCGCAGCCGCUCGCCGCCCGCAACAACAAUAUUCACGAAGGUUUCCACACGUUGUCGGGGCGUUCGCCUGACGAGGCGCUGCCGAUCUUUCUGCCGAAAGUGGACAUCGAUGAGACCGAUAAAGAGACAACCAACCUACUUGUCUUUCUUCUAAUGCAAUUCUUGUCGAGAUCAGACCAGGCGCACCCGAGUGAGGACAAGGCGACGCAGCGCGCGCAAGACCUCGUGCUGAAGCACCUCUUCCAACUGCUGGGAUACAACUGCAACGAGAAGUAUUUCCACGUGUCGCCGCACGCCAUGAGGAAAUCUUCCAUGUUCAACGCGUUUAUGGCCAACCUGCCGCAGGUGCUGGACCAGAAUCAUGUGAUGGGUGGUAGCAUCGCUGAACCAACGUUGCUCGUGCUGCAGUACUGCUGCAGCCCGGCAUCGGGCAGCGCGGGCGGCGCGGGCGGGGGGGCGGGCGCUGUGGGCGGGGCUGCGGGCGCGGUGGGCGGGGCCGCGCACUCGCACACGCUGGCCGCGCUCGAGCCGCACGUGCGCCGCAACUGGCUGCUCGCGCUCAUCGUGGUGCUUUACAAGUACCACUACAGCGGCGGCGCGCUGUGCGGGCUGGCGGUGGGGCUGGUGCGCGCGGUGCUGAACUCCGUGGAGGCGCAGUACCACCAGUGCAAGCGCAUCCCGCCCAUGCUGCUGCUGCCGCAUCUCCACCACGCGCCCCCCGCCCCGCCCCCGCCUCCGCCACCCCCUGCGCACCACACGCCCCCGCAGCCCGCACACCCCGCACACCCCGCACACCCCCCACAUCCCACGCAGACACCGCGGAACACCAGAGAAGCCAGUCAGCCGUCUCUGAAGACGGAGGAGGGCAACGCGAGCCAGAAGUCGCCUUCCCAUUGGUCCGAUCCGCCCGAACCUGCCAAGUACCAGCAGUGGAGCGUGGAGCAGGAGUCGUCUGAGAGCGAGCUGAUCGCCAUCCCCGAGACCAGCGACAAGUCCGACACCACAGUGCACGGCAGCACCGCGCCGGGGUCAUUCGACGAGCCGUCGCACUGCGAGGACCCGCCGCGCAUCGACGUACAUUCCGUAUGUGUGCAGCCGCCGCACACUAAGCCGCCGGUAAGCGGGACACGAUCGGGACACCAUCUCUCCACUAGCUCCUCUGUCUCCAUCGGCAGUGAUUCUUCCAACUUAAAAUCGACGCCGAUGAGCGGCCAAUCUGUGGAAGUGUGGCCCGACCAGUACAGCCAGACCUCUCCGCGAGCCAACGUGCUCGGCAAGCAGAAGAGAGUCGUUGCAGGCAGCAGCACAUCUCCGGACACUGCGCCCUCGUCUAACGGCGACGCCCUCGGCCCCGCCCCACACCAUCAUCAUCUGCGCAGCCCAGGUCUGGCGUACGCGUCACCCGAGUCACCGCUCUCAAAGAUGGAGGUGGCGUGGCAUGCGCCGCCUCACCCCCGCCCCCACCACCCCCACCACACGCAACAACCCUUCCACAUCCCGCCGCAGGAGAGGUUGCUGCCGAUCGGCCCGAAGCCGAAUAAGGAACAGUAUCCCGUUUUCAAUGCACUUGUAGACAGAGUGCGCGAGGCACUCAGCUUGCCUCAUGACGACUCGACGGACAGAACGGACUCGAGCCGGUCCGAGAACGAGCCCACUCCCACGCCCACGCCCACCGGACGCCCGCAGGACUUGGCCAAGAAGCUGUCGUCCGAUAGCACCAGUCGCUCGCCGCGCCGGCUGGCCCGGCAGGUCGCUCAGCUGGGCUCGCCGCCGCACGCGCCCGCGCCCCAACACCAGGCCCAGCCCCAGCACACGCCGCGUUCCUCCGCUCGCCCCCACCCCACCGAGAGUCGUCCAGCGGGCGCGUGGUGGGGUGAGGAGAGCCGCGCGGGGAGGAGAGCCGCACACGCCGCCCCGCGCACCGCCCCGCCCGCCGCCCCGCCCUCCCGCUCGCCCGCGCCGCGCCCCGACGCCGCGCUCCGUCACCGCUGCGCGGAGUGCGGCAGCGUCGUGGAGCAGUACAGCGACGAGGAGUUGGGACUGUGCGUCAUCGCGCUCGGCACCUUCAUCCACCGCGAGCCCGCCUCCGCCGCGCCCAUGCUGCCCGCGCUGCUCUACUGCAUCAGCAGCGUGGCGCAGCAGGGCAACUACUCGUGGCAGACAGACAGCAACGUGCGGCUGCCGGGCAGCGCCAUGCUGGUCGCGCAGCAGUUCCUGCGCUGCGUGCUGCACCAGCUCGCGCCCAACAACGUCUUCCUGCAGAUCUUCCUGCAGCGCACGCCCGAGAAGCAACGUAUAACGUUCUUCAAGAGUAUAGCGCAGGCCUUCGUGGACUUCAACGAGCUGUACCCGUGCGGGCCGCUGCAGCUGCUGCUCGAACACCUCAACUCCAAGAAGUCCCUUCCGAUUGACCAAAUGCCGACGUUAGCGGGCAACAUCGCGAUGUACUUGGAGUGCCUGGCGCCCGAGGCGCUGGGCCCGGCGGCGGCGUGCGGCGCGCUGCUGGCCGCGCUGGACCAGCUGCUGCGCGGUGUGGCGCUGCAGCUGGCGCAGCUGGACGACGCGCUGCCGCUGCUGCGAGCCUCCGCCGCCGCACUUCGCGUGCCCCAGGCUCACCAGCACAAGAGCAUCCUGGAGCCGAUCUCCAAGAUCCUGAGCUACGCGGUGCAGAACUUCGUGGUGCGGCUGCCGCUGGCGUGCGAGGUGGCGGCGGCGUGCGUGCGCGCGUUCGGCCGCGACCGUGACAAGCUGCUGCUGUGUCGUGUGCUCGUCUUCGAGCUGGUGCAAGCGCUGCGCACCAAGACCACCGUGCCCGACGACAACCUUUUUAUGCUAAUACAGUUCGUGCUGCAAGGUCGCGGAUGCACGUUGCUGCUGCCACCGGCGCUGGGCGGGGUGUGGACAGCGGGCGCCGGAGACGCGCGCGAGCUGGCGGCCGGCGCGGUGGACUGCAUGCGCCCGCACCUGCCCGACCUGCUCGACUUACUGCACGACCCACACCUUCUCAAUAAAAUCAAGUCUAUCGUGAACCGCAACCUGAUCUGCCUGAACGAAGACACGCUGGGUGCGAUCGUGAAGGGCGGCAUCGCGCAGUACGUGGCGGCCGAGCUGGCCGCGGAGCAGGGCCGGGCGCGGCAGGAGCGCGGGCAGCCCGCCGCGAGGCACCACCUGCCCUGGCUCAACGCCGCCCUGCCCGGAUCUCGCGAGGUGGGGGAGUGUGUGGGGCGCGUGCGGCAGUUGUCGUGGCUGGUGAUGGGCGCGCUGUGCAACUCGCGCUCCGGCCAGCCGCUGCAGCAGCCCGUGCCGCAGGACGCAACCUGCCACAUCACCGACCACAUACAGACGAUAAUGUCGUCUUACGUGGAGCAGGGGCGCGGGGGCGGGGGCGGGGGCGGAGGCUCGGGGGCAGGUUCCGGGGCGGGGGCGGGGUCUCAGCGCAUGAGCGCGCUGUUCCACGCGUUCGUGCUGUGCCACCUGUGGACGCUGUACCUGGAGGAGCUGGCGGGGGGCAGUACGACUGGCGGGGCGGGGGCGGGGGCGGGGGGCGAGGCGCAGCACACCGCGCACUGCCUGCUGCUCGACUUCUGGUGCAAGCUGCUGCCUAGCGUGUUGCAGCUCUCCGCUCACUGCAACAUUCUCGCCGAGACAGUGAACCUGCACUUCCUGAGCCUGCUGGAGUCGCUGCUGGACUGCAACUCCACCGUCCUCAACAGACUGCUGCCAAUGUGGACGCCGGUGCUGCACUCGCCCACAUUCGAAUUACCGCGGCACCUGGCGGAGCGCGUGGUGGCGUGUCAGGAGGCGCGGCCGGACCCGGUGCGGCAGGACGCGGGGGGCGCGGGGGUCAAGUCGGGGGGCGCGGCAGGGGGUGCGCGGCGCUGCGCGGGGGGCUGCCCGCGGGCACACCGGCGCCUGCACCGCCUCAUGGCCAAAAUGGCGCAGCUCGAAUUACAGCCCAAUUCAUUCUAUUUCAUAUAAAAUGUAUUAUGAUCAGUGUAUUCCUCGUUCUUGAGUAACGACCUACCGUACUCAGAGUCGUUUAUUGAUUACUGAGGGUAUCCCGAAUGUAGAUUUAAUAUUGGAAAUUUAUACUAAAGAACUGCUUAAGUAAAAAUUAGACGACUUCGAAUGCGGCAGUUACUGCCAAGCA